UACCAUGUAGAAAAAAAGUGAAAUUUUUCUGCGGAAUUUUCAGUAUCUUCCUAAGCUUCUUGGCUCUAAUCUGGCCGCCUGAUCAGUCAGAGGCAUAGGAAGGUAAGAAAGAGCUCUAAAUUGAGAAAUGACAAGGAAACUUCGUACCUGCCAGCGAGCUUUCGAUCUAUCUAUCUGCUACCAAACCAGGUCAGCCAAGGAUUUUCAACUGACGCGGAACCGAAGGGGAGCAGGCGCCAAGACUUCCCCGGAAGAGUAGUUCAGGACGCUGGUCGUGUAUCAGUUGCACGUUCACUUAUGCUAUGCACUUAAACUUGCACUGUUGCAUCGCUGCAUACACUCACACAUUGUACGAGGACCUGCAUGUACUUCAUAUCUACCCGGUGAGCAGCAUACAGAGACCUUGAGGUUCAAUCUUGGAUGUUACCCCUUCCAGAUGUGAGAAUACGAUAUGGCAAGAAUGUCCAGACUGAGAGCUGUACUGAUAGACCUUAGUGGGACUAUUCAUAUAGAGGAUGCUGCCAUACCAGGAGCUGUAGCAGCCCUGAAGUGUCUGCGAGAGAAAACUACAAACAUCAAGUUUGUAACCAAUACUACCAAGGAGAGCAUGGCGAUGCUUCACAGCCGUCUCACAAGGAUUGGCUUCGAUAUCAAACAGAAUGAGAUUUUCUCCUCCCUUACUGCUGCAAGAAAUAAGAUCAAAGAAAUGGGCUCCAGACCAAUGUUACUACUUCAAGAUAGUGCAAAGGAAGAUUUCAUAGAUAUUUGUACAGAUGAUCCAAACUGCAUUGUGGUAGGCCUAUCUCCUGACAGUUUCAACUACAACACAUUAAAUCAAGCAUUCAGAUUGAUUCUUGAUGGUCAUCCCCUCAUUGCGAUUCACAAGGCCAAGUAUUUCAAGAGGCAUGAUGGGUUAGCCCUCGGACCAGGAGCAUUUGUUGAAGGGCUAGAGUACGCAACAGGUAUCACAGCUACGGUGGUGGGCAAACCAGAGAGGGCGUUCUAUGAGGAGGCUUUGAAAACGAUGUCUUGUGUUCCCGAAGAGGCUGUGAUGAUAGGAGAUGAUGUAGAAGGUGAUGUAGAAGGAGCACAGCGCAUAGGCAUGAAAGGCAUCCUUGUGAAAACAGGUAAAUACAGAGAAGGUGAUGAAGAGAAGAUAGCUCAACCUCCGACGGCGAUAUGUCAGGACUUUCCUGCUGCUGUUGAACUCCUGCUGAGAGAUUACUUAUGACACGAUACCUUGUGAAAUAUCUACGUUUUCAUCAUAAUCACUAAAAAUUAUUAUUGUGCAAUCUGGUGCUAAAGAAUGCAAGUAGGUCCCUGGAUUGUUAUUGUGGCUGCCUUUUGUAAGUCUUUAUGCAGAGGAGUUUCAUUCUCUAUAUCUAACUGUUGUUAUUCGCAAGGCUUGUCAAUGAAAAACAAGACCCAUGCUAUGGUUUCACAAGUGUAUAUUUUAUUUAGCAACUCAAUAGCGUAAACUUCAACACUUUCUCUGUAACCCUGAGUAUAUUAGUGAAACAGUGACAGUUAAAUAUGAUUAUAAAGAUUCAAUCUCAUGCUUUUGUCUGUU